AUGCUUCCUGUCGAAGCAGUCCUCGUACCUCAUUCGGCGAAAUUGCAUCGUCGUCUCACAUUUGUGGCUCAAGCCCCACCAUCCAAUUGGGCCAGCGCUUCCCUCGAGGAUUACCAACAGUAUCACUUCCGAUACUUGGCUCUUGGCUGCAAUCUUCGCAAAGGCCAAACCUUCUUUGACACUUGCUGCCACCCCCGUUUGAAGACGGAAAACUUGAAAGAUAUCCCCUUAGAAUGCAACUUAGAUGCCGAGAGCAUGGUCAAGGCCCUUUAUAUAUUAAAGUCUAGCGACGCUACCGGUAACAUCACAGCUGGUCAAGAAGGAGAAGGCAAGCCUGUGUUCAUCCCCAAUGGCACUAUUCGAGCUAUUGUCGCCAGCGAGGGAUGCAACAGCUCAGAAGUGCCCACAGAAGCUCAGCUUGCUCAGCUUUCUGAGAUCUCCAGACAAGUUGCUCUUUUGUCCAAUUCUUCGCACUUUGCCAAUGACACCCACUCGUUCAACUACACCAUGAACAGCACCGAUUUUGGCAACCUGACCAACUUCUUGAAUUCCAACAUCACCGGAAUGGCUAACCUUACUCAGUUCUUGCCUGCCAAUCUCACCCGUUUCUUCAACAACAACAUGACCAACGUCACAUCCUGCAAACCUGUCAAGCUCGCCACCAACCAAACCGACAAUUCGAAGUUCGUGGCUGUUCCUAAGGAGCUUGCUAUCAAGGCUGUUACCGAGUCUGUGCUACCUGUUGCCCCUACCCAGUUGCAAGCUGCUGUAGUCGACCAUUCCGUCGACACCAAAGCCGCCGCUGACGAUGCUGCUGCUGCCAAAGCCAAGAAGGAUGCCGAUGCAGCUUCUGCGAAAGCAAAGUCCGACGCCGAGUCAAAAGCUGCUGCCGAUGCCAAAUUUGCCGCCGAUGCCCAAGCUGCCGCUGACGCCAAGGGCGCUGCGGAUGCCAAAGCCGCCGCUGAGGCUCAAGCCGCCGCCGAUGCGAGAGGCCGAGCUUAUGAGAAAGCUGCCGCCGACAAGGCCGCUGCUGAGGCCCAAGCCGCCGCCGACGCGAAAGGCCGAGCUUAUGAGAAAGUUGCCGCCGAGAAGGCCGCUGCUGAGCAAGCCGCGAACGACAAAGCUGCUGCCGACAAAGCCGCCGCCGACAAAGCUGCCGCCGAAAAGCCGCAACCAAAGCCUGAGAAAUCAACCGUCUCGGAUGUCGGGUCUGCGGUCGGAAAUGUUCUCAGUGGUGUCUCACAAGUCUUUGGGGCUGAUGGUGGGGCGAAAGCCACCUAUUUCUUCCAAGAAGGAGGAAUCGGCGCCUGUGGAACUGCCAACUCCGACAGUACCCCUCUAGUUGCUCUACCCCCAGGAUUAUACGCCAACGGUGCCCAUUGUGGAAAGGACGUGAUGAUUGUCAACACCGCCAAUGGCAAAUCGGUCACUGCGAAGGUACAGGACAUGUGUCCAGGUUGUCCCUCGCCAACAUCUCUUGACAUGUCCACCGGAGCUUACGAUGCUAUCGGUGCACAAGAAACCGGUGUCUUGCCCAUCCAAUGGGGUUUUAUCUGA